CAAUGAAUGAAUAGUAAGAGGCAAAAAGAAAAGGAAAGGUUUGAAGAGGGGACAGUAAUGGUGGAGUGGACUGACACUUUGUUUAGGGUUCCUUCCUUCUUUUGUGAAAAGAAAAACAAAAUGUGAAAAGGUGAAGAAACUACACAUUCCCCUCUCUGUCCUUUUCUCAAUUUUGGGAACUUCAAUUUCCCCUCAGAGGGCCAUUCAAUUCAACAUUUUUCUCAAUUAAACCUCUUUCUUUGUGCCUAUUUCUAGGCUAGCCAUGGAAGUUAUCCAGAUAGAACAAGUCUGCAUCUUAUUCUGUUUUGGUCUAUUUGUAACAUUGGGUUAUGGUGCUACAGACCCAAAUGAUGUCAAAGUUUUGAAUGAUUUCAGAAAAGGGUUGGAAAAUCCAGAUCUUCUGAAAUGGCCAGAGAAUGGAGAUGAUCCCUGUGGGCCUCCUUCAUGGCCUUAUGUGUACUGUUCUGGAGAUAGAGUGAAUCAGAUUCAGGCUAAGAAUCUGGGUCUUAGAGGAUCAUUGCCUCAAAACUUUAACCAGCUCUCAGAACUCUACAAUUUGGGUCUUCAACGCAAUAACCUUAGUGGGAUGUUGCCUACUUUUAGUGGCUUAUCAAAAUUGGAAUUUGCUUUCUUGGAUUACAAUGCAUUUGAUGCAAUCCCAUCUGAUUUCUUUGAUGGACUCACCAGCAUUAGGGUCUUGUCUUUGGAAGAAAAUCCACUGAAUGCAAGUAGUGGGUGGUUGUUUCCUAAGGAUUUAGAGAAAUCAGUGCAAUUAACCAACCUUUCUCUGGUGCAAUGUAAUUUGGUUGGACCAUUGCCUGAUUUUGUAGGCACAUUGCCAUCCCUCACAAAUCUAAGGCUUUCAGGUAACGAGCUAGCUGGUGCCAUUCCAGCAACUUUUGCUCAAUCAUCCAUCCAGGUUUUGUGGUUGAAUGAUCAACAAGGUGGUGGGUUGACUGGUCCUAUUGAUGUUAUUGCUUCAAUGAUUUUCCUAAGACAGCUUUGGCUACAUGGAAACCAGUUCACUGGGACAAUUCCAAGGGACAUUGGUAAUCUUACUUCCCUGCAGGAACUCAACCUCAAUAGCAACCAGCUUGUUGGCUUGAUUCCUGAGUCUCUUGCACAUAUGAACCUUGACAUCCUUGUGUUGAACAAUAACAAGCUAAUGGGUCCAAUACCAGAGUUUAAGGCUGCCAAUUUUUCUUAUGACAACAAUUUCUUUUGUCAAACUAAGCCGGGGCUUGAAUGUGCCCCUGAGGUUACUACACUGUUGGAUUUUCUGGAUAAGCUGAAUUACCCAUCAUUUCUCAUUUCUGAUUGGUCUGGUAAUGAACCAUGCAGAGCCAGCACAGGGACAUGGUUUGGAUUGAGCUGCAAUUCCAAUUCGGAGGUAUCUAUAAUCAAUCUUCCUAGACACAAGCUAAAUGGUACUCUAAGUCCCUCACUUGCUAGCUUAGAUUCACUCCUUGAAAUUAGGCUUGCUGGAAACAAUAUAACUGGCAUAGUUCCCGGUGAGUUUAGUGAAUUAAAAUCUUUGAGGUUGUUAGAUUUAAGUGAUAACAAUCUUGAGCCUCCAUUGCCAAAAUUUCAUAACGAUGUGAAGUUUGUUAUUGUGGGUAAUCCUCUUCUUCCAAAUCAAACUGGAGAGAGUCCAACACCUAGUCCAAUACCUAUUAGAAGCCCACCUUCACCACAGAACCCAUCACGUCCUCCAUCUUCUCAUAAGCCACUUGUUCCAAGUCAGAAUUCAAGAUCAAAUCAAUCCAAUUCCAAACCAAAUGGCUUCAAAAGGUUCAAAACAGUAGCAGUAGUGGCUGGAGUCGCAGUGUUUGCUGUUAUAGCUCUUUUGGUUGUUUAUCUCCUCCUAUGUUGCAGGAAGAACCAAAAAGCCUCAUUGGAUGCUCCAAGUUCCAUUGUGGUUCACCCUCGAGAUCCAUCUGAUCCAGAUAAUGUGAUUAAAAUUGCAGUUUCAAAUAACAACACUGGAAGCUUAUCAACGAAGACUGGGACAAGUUCUCUGAGUAACAUUAGUGGUGAAACUCAAAACUCUCACAUGCUUGAGGCUGGUAACCUUGUCAUCUCUGUACAAGUACUACGCAAGGUUACCGAUAAUUUUUGUUCGGAAAAUGAGCUAGGACGGGGUGGGUUUGGAACUGUUUACAAGGGAGAAUUAGAAGACGGGACAAAAAUAGCAGUGAAGAGAAUGGAGCAUGGUGUUAUAAGCAGUAAGGCACAGGAGGAGUUUCAAGCUGAAAUAGCUGUUCUUUCAAAGGUUCGUCAUCGACAUUUGGUAUCCUUGUUGGGAUAUUCGGUUGAAGGCAAUGAAAGACUUCUGGUUUAUGAAUAUAUGCCUCUUGGUGCUCUAAGUCAGCAUCUUUUUCAUUGGAAAAGCUUGAAAUUGGAGCCUUUGUCUUGGUCACAGAGGCUGGCAAUAGCACUAGAUGUUGCUAGAGGGAUUGAAUACCUUCAUAGCCUUGCCCGCCAAACCUUUAUCCACCGAGACCUCAAGUCUUCUAACAUUCUGUUGGGUGAUGAUUUUCGGGCAGAAGUUUCAGAUUUUGGUUUGGUGAAGCUUGCACCAGAUGGUGAGAAGUCUGUAGUAACCAAGCUUGCUGGGACAUUUGGAUACCUUGCCCCUGAAUAUGCAGUGAUGGGGAAAAUCACCACAAAGGUUGAUGUGUUCAGCUACGGUGUGGUAUUGAUGGAACUUCUGACUGGACUAAUGGCACUUGAUGAGAGCCGGCCUGAGGAAAGCAGGUACUUGGCUGAAUGGUUUUGGCAAAUUAAAGUAAGCAAAGAGAAGCUCAUGGCUGCCAUUGAUCCAGCUCUGGAAGCAACUGAAGAGACUUUUGAGACCAUAACAAUUGUAGCUGAACUUGCUGGACAUUGCACUGCAAGAGAAGCACACCAUAGGCCAGAUAUGAGUCAUGCAGUCAAUGUUUUGGCAGCAUUAGUGGAAAAAUGGCGACCGGUUAAUGAUGAAUUAGAUUACUACUCUGGCAUUGAUUACACACAACCACUUCCUCAAAUGUUGAAAAUUUGGAAGGAAGCUGAAAGCAAAGAGUUUAGCUAUGAUGGUACUAGUCUUGAAGAUAGUAGAAGCAGUAUUGCAGCAAGGCCUAUUGGUUUUGCAGACUCCUUUACUUCUGCUGAUGCUCGAUGAUUUUGAGGUAACUUUGGUGCAAUUUAUGGGACCUGUUGCUGUGUCCUCAAUAAAAUUCACUUGGAUUCUCACCAUGUCAGCUAAGAGGCAAAAAUUAUUUCCCUCGAGUCUUUUUAUUAUGUUUUUGGACAUUAAAAUACUUCCAAAGUACCAUACGAAGAUGUAGAUAAAUAUUAUUUUCUUUCCUUCUCUUUUUGUGGCCUUGUAUACAGAAAAAACAAUUUCUAUUUGAUAGUGAUGAGUCUGCGUGACAACUCAUUCAU